CAGGCGCACCAUAUGCGCUUUUUGUUGACGGACUUCCACUUUGGGCAUUGAAAACAAAUGUCUGCAAUUUUCUACAUAUACGCCAGUCAGUGAUUGGAACCAUGCUGGAAGUUAUCAGCUUGCUUUCGAGCCCUUCGGUGCCUUCUCCCUUGGUUCCUGCGCCUGAGGCACGUGUCGCCCCUCCCAACCUGGUCAGUCCGCCAGCUCGAGCACUGGACUACGAUUCGGACCAGUUAUCCGUUCUCGAUUUGACCGUCGUUCCUCAAGCAGAGGCUGUCCAGACGAACGCAUUGAGGAGAUCAAAAGAGCUAAUAGCGGCACCGAAACGGGCGACUGCGGGCAAGCGCCCACAAGACUACGAUGAUUUCCUAUUUCUGUCUGACGACUUCGACACUACUGGCGAUCUGGGAGAUAGUUUCGCUACUAAAUCUCGUGCAUCUCCCGGCUCCACAGGCAAGAGUGAAACUGUAAGCCGGUCAAUAACGCGUACGACUUCGGCCCUUGUCGGAGUAAAGAGUUCUAGUGCAUUACUCCCCGCCGGCAUCAAGCGCUGGAAUUCGGCUGCAGAUCCAAUACAGCACAGCAGCUCGCCAGUGGUCGAUCUCUCGCACGAAACUGGGUACUUUGCUCGCCCGCCACCGAAUGUCUCGGAAAACUCACGCGGGCCCAAGUAUGCCCCUCGUUACGAUAUUUCCAGGAUUCCAUCUGCGACGUCUUCGACGAAUGCAACCUCGACAAAGCGACCUCAGAAAAGGCAAAAUGACGUACUCGACUUGUCAAGCGAUCCCUUUGGCACUUCAUCGCCUCCAGCGCGCAAGCAGUCGCCAAAGCGGAAAGCUAACUGGGAUCCGAUUUCAAGCUCCAUGCCCGAGGUCAGCACCACUCGCGAACACGACUCACUCGACGUCACACCAGAGCGAGCUUCUAAAAAGCGCGUGCCGGAUGUAAUUGAUCUGGACUCGGACAUGUCCAAUUCGGAAGAUGAUUUCCCAGAACUGGGUGCUAUCCGAUUCUCGAAGAUCAAGUCUAAAUCUCGAUCAUACAGCGAGUCGCCGCCUCACAAACGCACAAAGACUGCCCAGACGUCGCCACGGAAAAAGCGGCCUCCCAAGACAGCCGAGGAAAAGCAGUUGGAGAAGGAGCAGAAAGCAGCGGCGAGGGAGGCUGAGAAAGAAUAUAAGCAACGGGAGAAAGAAAAGGCCAAACGGCAAAAGGCACUCGAGAAGGAGCGGGCGAAGGCACUCGCAGAAGUCAAUAAGCUGCGGACAGACAAAAAGGUGUCUACACCAGAAAUGAUUGUAGAUUUACCCUCCACGUUUGGAGCCGGUAUUUCGAUUCAAAUCAACCAGUUUUUGAAAGACCUCGACGUUCAACACGAGUCCUGGAAUAGCCCUGUGGAUAACGUAGUCAAAUGGCGCAGGAAAGUGACGUCGAAAUUCAACGAGGAUCUGGGCUAUUGGGAGCCAGUCCCAAUUCAUAUCAAGCCAGAGAAGCACGUUGCGGUCGUGAUUGACGCAGCCGGGUUCGUCAGGCUCGCCCUCGGAGAGGAGGGGUAUGAUCUCGAGGCACACGUCUUGAAGAUGAAACGUCACUUUCACGACAAUACGUUAAUAUAUCUCAUCGAGGGCCUGACGCCCUGGAUGCGUAAGAACCGCAACGUGCGCAACCGCCAAUUCGUGUCCGCGGUUCGAGGCGAGGACAGAGCCCCGGCAAGCAACCAACCGCGCCGCCGAAACGCCGCCGCGCCACAGGAUUAUAUCGACGAGGACAGAGUCGAAGAUGCUCUUAUCUCCCUCCAGGUCGAACACGGCGUCUCCAUAAUCCACCAUACCAACAUCUCCGUCGAGACGGCCCAGUGGAUCGCCACUUUCACGCAACACAUAUCCACCAUUCCGUACCGCAAAGCGCGCGACGCCUCGGCCGCUUCGGCCGGGUUCUGCAUGGAUGCCGGGCAGGUGCGGAACGGGGAGGGGGCCAAGGAGACUUACAUAUGCAUGUUGCAGGAGAUCACACGCGUGACGGCGUCGGUGGCGCAUGGGAUUGCGGCCGAGUACGAGACGGUACAGAAGCUGGUUCGCGGCUUUGAGAGUAAGGGGCCCCUGGCGCUGGAGGGGUGCAAGAAGACGGCGAACAAGGAUGGCGCGUUUACGGAUCGGGUGGUCGGGCAGGCGAUCAGUCGGAGGCUGUAUAAGAUUUUCAUGGGAAGGGAUGCGGAGAGUACGGAUGUUUGAGUGUUGGGAGGGGGAGAAAGGGGUGAUGGCAGCAGUGGAGCCGGCUCGUUGAGAGAAAAGGAAAGGAAGUGAGGUUGUUGAGGCUUUAUCUAUAUUUGGACCGUAUUCCUCGGGUUGCAAAUGAUGAGUUAGAAUUUAUCCCACAGCCUGUUCUUUAGUUAAAACGUCUUGUUAUGUUCCAAUUACUUUUAGGACAUGCGCUUUCAACCAUCUUUAUACAACGUAG